GAAAAACGUAGAACAUACAGACAAGCACCGCCUUCUAGAAGCAGCGCCUUGUCCUGUAAUUAAACUUGCCUGAAACCAAAAACUGUCAAGAAGAUUGGCAGCAACAUGUUUGGGGAAAUAGUGAAAAUAAUCCAUGACGCGGAGAGCAGAAACUGUGACUUCGUGGAUAGACUCAACCACAAGUACAUGUCUCUCAUUCUAGUUGUGCUGGGAGUUCUCGUCAGCACUAAGCAGUACGUGGGGGACCCCAUCGACUGCUGGACUCCCCCCAACUUCCCCGCCCAAUGGGUACAGUACACAGACACUUACUGCUGGGUGUCUAACACGUACCACCUGCCAAUAGGCAUCCCCGCCUCCCUCACCAAACGGGUGACUCAUGGCUACGAGAUCAAAUACUACCAGUGGGUUCCCAUCAUGCUUGUCGCCCAGGCGCUGAUGUUUUUCGCACCCAGUCUAAUCUGGCGCGCAGUGAGUAGCCAGAAUCUGGACAUGGGCAACAUAGUGGAGGCGACUACCCUCUCGGAUGCCGCAAUCAGACCGAGUGAGCGGGACGAAGUGGUGAAGAACAUCGCACUGCAGAUGGACAGAUUCCUCAAAAACAGAAGGUCAAUAAAUUAG